AUAGAUGCAACAGCUGUGCUACAACAGCUGCGACAGCGUCGAACCGAAUUUUAGCAGAAAAUUUCAAUUUCUUAGAUAAAACAAAAACUAGGGAACCAUGUGGGAGCCUCCUCGACUGAGUGCAUCGUUACGAGCCAAAACGGAACUUGAAUCAAGAACCCCCCGCUUCAACGGACUGAGACAUGUCAGAGCGAAAAUAUUAGCAUCCACGCCGACAAAUUGCAAAGAAAACGCGGAACAGACGAUAGCAAAAUUGCUGGCACAGUUGCCGACGGAUAAACAGCCAGCGGCAAAGGUUCAGCUGCAGAAGCUGCGCAAUCUGGUCCAGGAAUGCAUGGGUUAUGAGGAGCAGCCGAAAGUGGUGGAACACGCGACACUGUAUCUAUUCUGGUCGCUGCUUGAUCAGCGCGUGCUGCUGGUGGCCACCACUAACCGACUGCACGCAAUGUUUGGAUACACUUUCGACCGGAAACAAUCGCAAAUACACAACUGUGUGCUGGCCAUAGCCGAUGCACUGCAGGAGCAUGAGUUGCUUGCCUUAAAGCGCUGGCGGCAAUCACAGCACAGGACGUCGGAAGAUCGUCCACUUUGGGGCGAACAUGUGCACGUGAGCUGUAAGCAGGCGGAGUGGCUGGAUGUUGGCUUGCUGACAAACCUGUCGCCCGAUGCACUGCUCAAAAAUAAGGUCGUCAACAAAUUCACCAUGAAAUACAAGACCGGCGGUGCAGCAGUGCCAGCUGCAAAGCAGGUCACGGAUGGAUUCAAACUAAGCCCGGAGCUGGAGACACUGCUGAACAUAGCUCAGAAAAUUGAAGAUGAGCUGUUAUUAAAUCGCGUGGGCGAUAUGCUUAGUUCCAAGCGCAGCAGUGAGGAAUUGCAGAACGAGCUAAUGGAACUGCUGGGCUUUGAGCACUUCGAACUGGUUGGACAGCUGCUACAGGAGCGCUCCAAGAUUGCACAGCAGUUGGAGCACUACGCAACGAGAUCUCGUCGCAUCAAACAGGUGAAGCAAAAGCGGCAGCAGCCUGCUGCCAGCUCAGAAAAGCGUCCCACGGUAGCCAGCGCAGUUGUGGUGCAAUCGGCACAGGAAAAGCAGUUGGGUAAGCAGCAGCGUCGCGAGGAAAAGAAACUCCAGCGCAUUAUGCGCAGCAUCAAGGACGAUGACGAGGCUGCCGAGGAAGCGGGCGGCGCCGUUGCCAUUUCCGCGCAGCAGCUGCGAAUGCAACAUCAGCGCAAACUGCUGGAGGCAGCACAACGAGAACCGCUGCUGCUCAGCACCAAAGCGGUUAAGGCCGAGCACUCAACCUACACUCCACCCAUACGCUAUCCAUACGUCUUUGACAGCCAACUGGAGGCCAAACAACAUGCCGGCUUCAUAGGCGGCAGCCGCAUCACGUUACCCGAAAAUGCGCAACGCAUAGACAAUAAGCAGUGGGAGGAGGUAAAAAUUCCAGCCAGCGAGCCGCCGCCUCUUACAGUGGGUAAUCAGCGCAUUAAAAUCGCCGAACUGGAUGACAUUGGCCAAAUGGCAUUUGCCAACUGCAAGGAGUUAAAUCGCAUACAAUCGGUAGUUUAUCCUGUCGCCUAUCACAGCAACGAGAAUAUGCUAGUGUGUGCGCCGACUGGCGCUGGAAAAACCAACGUGGCCAUGUUGGCCAUUGUGCACACCAUUCGCUGUCAUUUGGAGGAGGGCGUCAUCAAUCGAGAUCAAUUUAAAAUUGUCUACAUUGCGCCUAUGAAGGCGCUAGCCGCCGAAAUGGUCGAGAACUUUUCCAAGCGCCUGAAAUCACUGCAGAUUAUCGUGCGGGAGUUGACCGGCGACAUGCAGCUGACCAAGGCAGAAAUGGCCGCCACCCAAAUACUGGUUACCACUCCAGAGAAAUGGGAUGUUGUCACCAGAAAGGGUAGUGGUGAUGUGGCGCUAAUUAGUCUCGUUCAACUUCUGAUUAUUGACGAGGUGCAUCUGCUGCACGGUGAGCGUGGUCCCGUGGUGGAGGCAUUGGUUGCGCGCACUUUACGUUUGGUAGAGUCCUCGCAGUCCAUGAUACGCAUCAUUGGUUUGUCCGCGACGCUGCCCAACUACAUAGAUGUUGCCCACUUUCUGCGCGUGAAUCCCAUGAAGGGUCUGUUCUACUUUGAUUCGCGCUUCCGACCCGUGCCCCUGGACACUAACUUCGUUGGCAUCAAAUCGGUAAAGCCGCUGCAACAAAUCGCUGACAUGGAUCAGUGUUGUUACCAGAAAUGCGUGGAGAUGGUUCAGCAGGGGCAUCAGGUCAUGGUUUUUGUGCAUGCACGUAAUGCCACCGUUCGCACGGCAAAUGUGCUGCGCGAACUGGCGCAGCAGAACAACACCAGCGCGAUGUUUUUGCCAAAGGAUAACAAUGCACAUGGCCUGGCCUGCCGCUUCAUACAGAAGAGCAGAAAUAAACAGCUAGUGGAACUGUUUUCCAGUGGUCUGGCCAUGCAUCACGCUGGCAUGCUCCGUGCCGAUCGCCAAAUGGUGGAGAAAUACUUUAUAGAGGGUCACAUCUCAGUGCUGGUCUGCACGGCGACGCUCGCCUGGGGUGUCAAUUUGCCUGCCCAUGCGGUCAUCAUACGCGGCACGGAUAUUUAUGAUGCGAAACACGGCAGCUUUGUAGAUCUGGGCAUACUGGAUGUGCUGCAGAUCUUUGGACGCGCUGGCCGGCCGCAGUUCGAUAAAAGCGGUGUGGGCACUAUUAUAACCAGCUACGACAAGCUCAAUCAUUAUCUCUCCCUGUUGACCAAUCAAUUCCCUAUCGAAUCCAACUUUGUGCAGUGCUUGGCUGAUAAUCUGAACGCUGAAAUUGGUCUGGGCACCAUUUCUAAUGUGGAGGAGGCCAUCGAGUGGCUAAGCUAUACCUACCUCUUUGUGCGCAUGCGUAUUAAUCCACAUGUCUAUGGCAUUGAGUACGCUGAGCUGCAAAAGGAUCCAACGUUAGAGGCGCGCCGACGCGCUCUUAUUAUGUCUGCAUCGAUGAGCUUGGAUAAGGCCAAGAUGAUGCGGUUCAAUCAGCGCACCAUGGACAUGAAUAUAACCGACUUGGGUCGUACUGCCUCGCAUUUCUACAUAAAAUACGAUACGGUGGAAACGUUCAAUGAACUGAUGAAGCCAUACAUGAACGAAUCCGAGCUGCUAGCCAUGAUGUCACAGGCGCAGGAGUUUCAACAGCUCAAAGUGCGUGACGACGAGCUCGAGGAGCUAGAUGAACUGCGCGAAUACUAUUGCAAGCUGAAAGCAUUUGGAGGUAGCGAAAAUGUUUGCGGCAAGGUGAACAUUUUAAUACAAACAUAUCUGUCCAAUGGUUAUGUCAAGUCCUUCUCAUUGAGCUCCGACAUGUCGUAUAUAACCCAAAAUGUUGGCAGAAUCGCGCGCGCUCUGUUUUCCAUUGUGUUGAGGCAAAACAAUGCCACUUUGACGGGUCGCAUGCUGCAGCUUUGCAAGAUGUUUGAGCGCAGACAAUGGGACUUUGAUAGCCAUUUAAGACAAUUUCCGGCAAUUAAUGCGGAGACCAUUGACAAACUCGAACGUCGCGGACUGAGCGUUUAUCGACUCAGAGAUAUGGAGCAGCGUGAGCUGAAAGAAUGGCUGCGCAGCGAUCGUUAUGCAGAGCUAGUCAUACGAUCGGCACGGGAACUGCCGCUGUUGGAGGUGGAGGCCAGUUUGCAGCCCAUCACACGCACCGUGUUGCGAAUCUCUAUAACGAUCUGGCCGGAUUUCACCUGGAACGAUCGGGUACAUGGGAAGACGAGUCAAGCAUUUUGGCUGUGGAUCGAGGACCCGGAGUCCAACUACAUUUAUCAUUCGGAGCUGUUUCAGCUGAAUCGCAAAUGCGUUUUUAACGGUCAGUCACAGCAGCUCGUGAUGACCAUUCCGUUGAAGGAGCCACUGCCACCACAGUACUACAUACGCGUUACCAGCGACAGCUGGCUGGGCAGCACCACCUGCGUCCCGCUAUCUUUUCAGCAUCUGGUGCUGCCGGAACAUCAUCCGCCGCUGACCGAGCUACUGCCGUUGCGUCCGCUACCAGUUAGCAGCCUGCACAAUGCUCUUUACGAAUCGCUGUACAAAUUCACCCACUUCAACCCCAUACAGACACAAAUCUUUCACUGCCUGUACCACACGGACAACAAUGUGCUGCUGGGCGCACCCACAGGCAGUGGCAAGACAAUUGUCGCGGAAAUAGCCAUUUUUCGUGCGGUAAAUAUGCAGCCCAAAUGCAAGGUGGUGUACAUAGCACCGCUUAAGGCGCUCGUCAAGGAACGCAUCGCGGACUGGCAGCAACGCUUCGAGCGCUCAUCACUGGGUCUUAAAGUCGUUGAACUGACAGGCGAUGUCACACCGGACAUUCAAGCUAUUCGCGAAUCGCAGUUGAUUGUGACCACGCCGGAGAAAUGGGACGGCAUCAGUCGCUCCUGGCAGACGCGCGAAUAUGUGCAACAUGUGGCUUUGAUUGUGAUCGACGAGAUCCAUCUUCUGGGCGACGAUCGUGGUCCGGUUAUCGAAGUCAUUGUUUCCCGCACCAACUUUAUCAGCUCACACACGGGCCGCUCCAUACGCAUAGUGGGGUUGUCCACGGCACUGGCCAACGCUCAGGAUUUGGCCAAUUGGUUAGGCAUUAAACGCGUGGGUCUCUACAAUUUCAAGCCCUCAGUGCGACCGGUGCCGCUACAAGUACACAUCAAUGGCUUUCCAGGCAAGCACUAUUGCCCGCGAAUGGCCACAAUGAACCGGCCCACGUUCCAGGCCAUACGCACAUACUCUCCAUGUGAACCCACCAUUGUGUUUGUCUCUUCGCGCCGACAGACGCGUCUCACGGCGCUGGAUUUGAUCACAUUUGUGGCUGGCGAUGAAAACCCCAAACAAUUCCUGCACAUUGCCGAGCACGAAAUGGAGCUGAUUCUCCAGAACAUACGCGACCAGAACUUGAAAUUUUGUCUGGCAUUUGGCAUUGGACUUCACCAUGCUGGUUUGCAGGAGCCAGAUCGCAAGUGUGUUGAAGAGCUAUUUUUGAAUCGUAAGAUACAGGUUCUAGUGGCCACCGCCACCUUGGCCUGGGGUGUCAAUCUGCCUGCCCAUCUGGUGGUGAUCAAGGGUACCGAAUACUUUGACGGCAAGGUAAAGAAGUACGUGGACAUGCCCAUUACAGAUGUGCUUCAAAUGAUGGGUCGUGCUGGACGACCACAGUUUGACAACGAGGGAGUUGCCGUCGUUCUAGUGCAUGAUGAAAAGAAGAACUUUUACAAGAAGUUUCUCUACGAUCCCUUCCCUGUUGAGUCCAGUCUGCUGGGUGUGCUGCCGGAGCAUAUCAAUGCUGAAAUUGUAGCGGGCACAGUGCAGACCAAGCAGGCGGCACUGGACUAUCUGACUUGGACAUACUUUUUCCGACGACUGCUUCGCAAUCCAUCCUACUACCAACUGCAAGGCGUGGAGCCUGAAAAUGUUAAUGCCUUCAUGUCCAGCCUGGUGGAACGCGUUGUCUACGAACUAACAGGCGCUGCUUGCGUAGUGGAGCGUGAUGGACAACUGGUGCCAACUUUUUUGGGUCGCAUCAGCUCCUACUACUAUCUGUCGUAUCGCACAAUGAAGCAUUUCUUGGAUGACUUACAGCCGGGCAUGAACACCAAGGAGGUUCUGCUGGCCAUCGCCGAUUCCUAUGAGUUUGAUCAGCAGCCUGUGCGACACAACGAGGACAAAUAUAACGAACAGAUGGCCGAGACGAGUCGCUUCCGGCCGCCAUCGGCCAGUUGGGACUCGCCCUACACAAAGACAUUCCUGCUGCUACAAGCGCACUUUUCGCGCCAGACGCUGCCCAAUUCGGACUAUCUGACGGACACCAAGUCGGCACUAGACAAUGCAACGCGUGUCAUGCAAGCCAUGGUGGACUACACUGCGGAGCGCGGUUGGCUAUCGACCAGUCUGGUUGUACAACAAUUGAUGCAGUGCGUCAUUCAAGCACGUUGGUUCGACGCAUGCGAAUUUCUUACGCUGCCCGCCGUUAACGAGGCCAAUGUGGAUGUGUUCCUUAACAUACAGCACGAGAAUCACGAUUACCUAACACUUCCCGUCCUAAAAGAACUAUGCAGAAAGGACUACGAAGUGCUGGCAGCACCGCUGCGAGAUGCCUUCGAAGAGCACGAGAUCGAACAGAUGUACAGGGUUAUUCAAGACUUGCCGGAAAUCUCGCUACAAAUCUCUGUGGAGGGUCGGUAUCUGGAUAAGGAGUACGCCAAACGUCCGAUAUCAAUUACCCAUGGUUCAAUCAACUGGACACCGCUACAUGCGAACGAGGACUAUGUGCUGUGCGUCGAUCUGCAGCGUUUGAAUGUUGCCGGGCAGCGUAGAACUGGCGGCCAAGGUUACGCCAUACACUGUCCCAAGUAUCCAAAGCCAAAAAACGAGGCUUGGUUCCUAACACUCGGCUCGCAGUCCAAUGACGAGCUGCUGGCCAUGAAGCGUUUGACCCUGCGCGGCACUCGCUCCUCCAAUCGCAUCUCCUUCCAGGCAACGCCACGUCGCGGCCGAUUGCUACUCACGUUAUAUUUAAUGUCGGAUUGCCUGAUUGGCUUUGAUCAGCAGUACGAUUUGCAUUUUGAAAUUAUUGAUGCAAAGGCCUAAAACGCAUAAAUGUUCACUAAAUACAUCCCUCAGCCAUUCGUUAACUGAAGGCUUAUUAAGUCAUAUUUAUGGAGUAAGUAGUUAUAUCAGCAUAUAUGCAAUUGUAGUUAAACUUACAUAUUUAAUAUGUGAUUCCCGAGUAUAUGUCUAACAUUUUAUAUAUUGUUACUUGGAGCUUCCCUGUUAUUGGGGCUAUUGUGUAAAGUAUCCAUGUUAACUGUCGUAUUAAAGAAAACAACUGAAUUUAUGGCACGACCCAAAUAA